CUAGCUAGCUUGGCUAGCAGCCCGCUCGGCUCGGCCUCGGUGGCAUGGAUAUAGAGACUGCUUUCCACACGGUUGGAGAGUUUGGACCGUACCAGAAGCGGGCGGUCACCGUGCUGGUUCUGGCGCAGGUCUACAUGGCCUGCCAGUCCAUGCUGAUCGUUCUGGUCGGAUACACACCAGAGUAUCGGGUCGAGAAGCAGGACGGCGGUCAGUCUGGCCAUCGGGAGCUGCAGCAGCACGUCAUCUUCACAGAGGAUGUGGACUCCAUCGUUACGGAGUGGGUCCUCAUCAGACAGCAGGCCUAUAAGGUCAGCCUGGCCGGGUCGCUGUUCUUCACCGGGCUGCUGGUGGGGAAUGUCGUAUUUGGGCCGCUCUCCGAUCGGAUCGGACGGAGGCCGGUCUACCUGACAGGUCUGUUCUUCGAGGUGAUGUUCGGCUACCUCACCGCCCUGGCGCCCAGCUACGAGGUCUUCGCCGCCUCUCGGCUCCUGGUGGGGCUGAUGAACGGCGGCAUCGGCCUCGUCUGCUUCGUCCUCACCCAGGAGUAUGUGGGGAAGUCCUACUGGGCCAUGACUGGGACGCUGACCAGCAUGAUCUUCGCCGUCGGCAUCGCUCUGUUCGGAGCGCUGGGCUACUUCGUCCGUCCCUGGAGGACUCUGGCCAUGGUGGCCAACUCCUCCGGCGUCCUGUUCUUCCUGCUGUCUGUAAGUCUUCCAGAAUCUCCUCGCUGGCUUUAUUCUCAGGGACAGACGGAGCGAGCAGAAGAGGUUCUGCGCUACAUGGCGGUGAGGAACGGCAGCAACGCCACCAACCUGGUCCUGCAGCGGGUCGGCGCCGCCAAGCCGGGCGGCCCGUUGAGGAGGCGGGGCGGCGUCCUGCAGCUGGCGGUCCAUCCGGUCCUGCGGCUCAGGACCAUGGUGCUCAUGUACGUGUGGUACUGCUGCAGCCUGGUGUAUUACGGCCUCACCCUGGGAGCCAGCGCCACGUCAGGGAGUCGCUUCGUUACCGUGGCCAUGUACGGCCUGGUGGAGCUGCCGGCCUAUCCGCUCUGCAUCUAUUUCAUCAAUAAGAGCUGGGCCGGCAGGAGGAAGAGCAUGUCCAGCUUCCUGUUCCUGGCCGGCUGCGCCUGCCUCUGCACCACGCUCAUCCCCGAGAACUCAGGGUCUCUGCUGAGCAUCACGUCUCUGGCUCUGCUGGGGAAGCUGAUGGUCAGCGCUGCGUUCAACAUCGCCUACGUUUACACCUCAGAGCUCUACCCGACUGUGAUCAGGAACGCCGGGCUGGGAGUGUGCUCCAUGUCCUGCCGAGUCGGAGGAAUCCUGGCGCCGUUUGUUCCCUCCAUGCGCGCGCUCCACGCCUCCAUGCCCUUCACGGUGUUCUGCCUGAGCGGUUUGUCUGCAGGCUGCCUGGGCCUCCUGCUGCCCGAGACCCUGAACAGACCUGCAGCCGACACUCUGGAGGAGCUGAGCGGCCCGAGCAGCAGCCGGGUUCUGGAGAACAAGGCUCUGCUAUUCGAAGAUGACAAACUGAAAUCAAACCCCAAGUGAAGCUCUGGUCUUCGGUCCGGAUGGAGCAGCUGCUUCAGAGCGGUGUACCGUCCCUUUAAGACGGAGAGUCUCCGGGUCGCCGCCUGCAGGGUUCUCCUCGGUUCCUCCUCAGGUUUUUCUCUCCUGGCUUCAGUCCAGAUGUUGCUGCUGCUAGCAGGAAGUGCAGCACAACCUUUACAUUCCUCUGGCCUCCGCUCUGCGUAAAGCCAGGUCAAAGUUCACUGAACCCAGAAGCUGAAGUUCAGCUGGGAAACGUGAUCUGCUGGGAGCAGAGCUUCAAUCUGAACCAGGACCAGGUCGUGGUUCUGGUCCGUUAGAGGAACUUUCUUCACUUUCAGUGAAAGCGAUGAUGUAACACGGUUUAAUGGUGGAUCAAGUGAUGUUUAAUAUUCCAUGAAGCGUUUUAUAUGAGUCAAGCUUCUACUGCCCCCUGGUGGCCAGUGCAGGUCAGGAAGCCGGACUGGACCGGACCGGACCAUAGAUUAUUUUUAGAAGCAGAGAUCAUGUGGAGUCUCUGGCUGCCUCGGUUUCUCAUAAUCACACGCAGAUCUAGAAUCUGACCUGUUUACACACUGAAACGUGUUUCUGAUCUGGGUUUUCACAGCUUUCCUGACUCCAGUUGAUGUUUUUCUACCUGGAAUCAUUUUGAACUGCAGAACAAACUGUGGUUGGUGAUAAUUGUGCCUCUGAUGUUUAGAGCCAGGCGCUGAAAAACACCAAAUAUCACCAAGGAUUUCUGCCUGGUUUCUAACAAAACUAACAUUUACAGCAAGAUAUUGUUUUUCAAUUAAAUUAGGAGUGAAAUCCUCAGCUGGUGUAACUAGUUAUUCCUGAUCAAUAUUAAGAUAUUGAUUCCUGAAAUCAAUCUCCUAUAUCACGUUGGAAAGUCACUUGAAUCAUAUUUCAAGUGAACUAAGAUAUUAACAGAAGAACUAGACAGAAACACUUGGUAAUAUUUUGUAUUUGCUGCGUUCAUGUUUAUCAAACAUCCUGAAAACGACCAAUGAUAGAUUGAUUUACUUCCUGUUUACUUCCUGAUAUUCCAUAAAACGUCAUUUUCCCAGCCAGACAUCAAGCCAACAUCAGGUUUAGGGCUCAAACUCUCUGCGUUUUCCUACUGAUUUAAACUGGAAAUUGGAAUAAAAACCUUUAAUUUUUGAUAAAAGCCUAUAAAGUGGGAUUCCUGGUUCAUGUUUCAGCGUCUCUGAUUCCCCCAGCUGAGAAAGUCUCUGCACUUUAAAUCUGCACGUUUAUGGGACCAACGCUAAAUUUUUAAAUUUAAUUUAAAAGUUAAUUUUGUUGUAAAUUCUGAUAUAUUUUGACAUCCUGAUGUUUUUCCAGUAAGGAUGAAUAAAGUGCUUAAUUAAUCAUAGUUGAUUAUUGAAUCAUGAAGAAAAUCACUGGAGAAGUGAAACCUGUAAAAUGCGUCGUAUUAAUGUUCAUUUUAAUGGUAAUUAAGGAUUUUUAAAGGGAUUAAAACACUACUACAUUCCUGAAAGCCUUUCCUUUACUCUGUAAUUACUGAGAUGAAUAUAAUGUUACUAAAUGGAUGUUUUUGUAUCUUCUGGGAUCUUUGGUUUAACUUUGAGUAAAAAUAUAUAUUUGUUGUU